AUGACGGAAACGGAGCCCCUAAACAGCGUUGUCGUUUUCGCUCUUUUGAGCUUGAUCAGUUUCUUUGCUCAAGCCAACUGCCAAGUGUGUGAUAGCACAACGUCAUACGAUCGAUGUUCAACCAACAGCGCUUGUGGUUGUUUUCCAAUGGCUGGUGCUCAGAAUGUUGGUGUGUGUGCUUUUCUCUGGAAGUUCUGUUCACAACUUGUUCCAUGUGGACUAUUACAAGAUUGUUCUGAUAGAGAUCAUGUCUGUGUUCAUCAUCGUCGAUGCAGCAAUGAUCCUGUUUGUUAUCCAUUGUCGAUGAUGAAUGAAAAUAUUUGUCCGCCAGCAGCCAUUGCGGCAACAACCACCACUACCACAACCACAACAACAACAACUACUACUAGAAGUACUACAACGAAUAAAGCAAAGUUCACCAAUUGGAAACAAAACGGAAUGAUGGUUGUUGGUAGAAAUGCGAGUGGCCAACAUUCAACUCCACCUUUAAAGCCCAUGGGAAUUGCUUUUGAUAAAAACAAGACACUUUUGAUUGCUGAUUAUGACAGCGAUCGUAUUGUCCGAUGGGCAUCAGGUGAAAUUUAUGGAUCAACUGUUGCAGCUGGGUUCGGAAGGGGAAAUAAAUUUGAUCAACUAAAUCAACCAACAGACAUGAUCUUUGAUGAACGAAACAAUUCAUUCAUCAUUGCUGAUUGGGGAAACAGACGACUAAUUCGGUGGAUGCAUCGAUUUGGACAAGAAAUUCUACUGCAAAAUAUUUCAUGUUACGAUUUAGCAACAGACAAAUUCGGAUAUCUUUACAUCUCUGAUUCGGCUAAUGGUGAGGUGAGACGAUGGAAAAUGACAGAAAUCAAAGGAAAACAGGGAGUCUUAGUAGCUGGUGGAAACGGAAAAGGAAAUCAAUCGAACCAAUUAGAUAAUCCUUCCUUUAUUUUCAUUGACGACGAACAAUCAGUAUAUGUUUCGGACAGAUACAAUCACCGUGUAAUGAAAUGGGAGAAGGGUGCCAAAGAAGGAGCGGUCGUAGCUGGUGGAAAUGGAGCUGGAAAUUAUUCUGAACAACUGGAUGAGCCUCAAGGAGUAGUNGAGGAGAAUAACUUUGUUGUGAAAUACGAUGAUCUGUUUUCGCGAGGACAAGAAAAACAACAUUAUUGCACAACCAAUGCAUAA